UCCAAAACGAAAUUUGAAACCUUUUCCCCUUUUGCCGUCGGGCAAAAGUGAGCGGCAGUGUGCCAAUUGCCCUUCCGAAUUCUUGUCAUCUAUCCCGGAACCGGAGAGCAUUGAACCGGAUACCUUGAACUCCGACCGAGGUGAAUCAACGAUGGGGCAACACGAUAUUCGCCGUCCGUUCAAGCGUCCGGCGAUCACCGACCAACAACGACGCCGCGAGCAAUCUCUUCUCCGCCAGGAACAGAACCGCCGCGACGCUCAGCUGCAAGCGCGCCGUUUAGCCUCCACCAUCCUCUCCAUUCAGUCCGAGCACCACGAGCUUCAAUCCCUUUCCGAAGAGCCCGAGCUUGAACCCGGACCCGGACCCGGACCCGAGGAAACUGAACCCGAUUAUCCAUCUCAGAGCGAUGGCUAUGAUAUUCGUCAGCUCUCGAGAAUCAGAGGAGCCGAAGCUCGCCGCUGGUUCGCUAAACAGCUUAUGCUUCCUGAGUGGAUGAUCGAUGUUCCUGAUAACCUCAGUACUGACUGGUAUGUAUCCGCAAGGCCUGCUGGAAAACGAUGUUUUGUUGUGUCUUCGAAUGGGACAACGAUCAGUAGGCUACGGAAUGGCUCUCUCUUGCAUCGGUUUCCUUCUGCUUUACCAAGCGGCGCCAGGACCAAUAAUAAAUCCGCUCAGUCAUAUUGCAUUCUUGAUUGUGUAUUUCAUGAGUUAGAUCAAACGUAUUAUGUGAUUGACAUGGUUUGUUGGGCGGGGUUUUCGUUAUAUGAGUGCACUGCUGAGUUCCGAUUCUACUGGUUGAACACUAAACUUGCCGAGACGGGGGCUUGUGAGGCUCCCUCGACGUACCAUAGAUAUAGAUUUAGUAGCGUUCCAGUCUAUGAUUGUGUCCAGGAAGGACUUCAUUCUGCUUAUACAGGGCCCGUGCCAUAUGUCAAGGAUGGACUGCUUUUCUACAAUAAGCAAGCACACUAUCAAACAGGGAAUACACCACUUGUGUUGGUUUGGAAGGACACAAAUUGUAGCCAGUAUGUCAUUGAUACUGAUAAUAAAGGAGAAAUUCCAACUCAACAACAGGUAGUUUUGGAGCUAUUGGAUGAUGGGAGACUGGCGACGUCAGAUGAUCCUCCUGUUAUAUUUGGAUGCUUGAAUGCGGAAUUCAUCCAACAGACUGGACUACGCUCGGGAGACCUUCUGCGUUUUUCUAUUAGCGAAGGUGGAUUAGUUUUGGUAGAUGGUAAACUGGAGAAGGCUGAUUUGCAAUACCUUGGCAAACCCAACCGUUCACGUGCCUUCGCUGAUAGUUACUCCAAGGUUCUGUUCCAGUAUGCAGUUCGACAUUCUCCUCUACAAAUCGAGCAUAUUUUUGCAUCGAUUAGCUCACCUGUUAGUGACGAAAGUGCAAGUCGUGAUACAGAGAUGACUGGCUGAAAAGUACCACUUGAAACAGAAGCAUAUUUGGUAAAUUCUAAAGACCGUGAAAUUGACAAUGUGAAGAAACUCUGCAAGGGUAUUUGAAAGUUGAAAAUCUUGUGUGAAAAUUUUCUAUUGUUUAUAGUCGUCUUUGUUCAUAAAGUUAUGCGUUAAUGGUUAUUUAUUAGUAUUGCAUUUUA